UUGUCCCCAGCCCCUCUCCUCCUGCACCCCAGCUUCGAGCCCUGAGCUGCCUCCUCUGCUCUCCAGGACAUGGCAGGCCCUGCGACUGUCAUAGCUGGCCUCCUGCUCCUGGCCCUGUGUGCCCACCACAUUGCCCCUGCAGGGUCUGCGCCCAUCCCCUCUUUUUGCUGCAUGUCCUUCAUCUCCAAGAAAAUUCCUGAGAGCCGAGUGGUAAGCUACCAGCUGUCCAACGGGAGCGUCUGCCCCAUGGCAGGAGUGCUCUUCACCACCAGGAAGGGCCAGAAGUUCUGUGGCGACCCCAGGCAGCCGUGGGUCAAGAGGUACAUGAAGAAUCUGGCUGCCAAGAAGAAGAAGGCCUCCACUGGGACCAGGGCCAUGAGCACCACAGUCCCUGUCUAGAGACACCCUGCCAACAGCACCUCCACCUAGCCACCGCCCGGGCCUUGCUCUCCUCGCCAGGCUGCUUGGGGGCCUGGUGAGCCAGCAGUGAUGGGGGGAAGACCUAAUGUUUCUAUUCCUUAGCAUUACUCUCAGGGGUUGUAUCUAUUCUGUAAAAAAACCAAGGCACGGGAGGCCUGCCCCUGGGGGCUGAGCAAUGGCUCCAAGCAUCCUGGGCCCCUUACCUUCCCUGAGCUCGGGGAGAAGGUCCUGGAAGGAGGGCAAUGGUAGCCCUCUGUCCUCCUCUUGAGCUGGAGCUGGUCCUUCUCUGACUUCCAGGCUCCAUCAGUGCAUGAGGUCAACCUGCAGACACACUCGCUUGCACCUUAGCCUGAUGCUGGCUUCUAUGGGCCCUCUCCUCUUGCCUAUGGGUUGUCUGUCUGUCUGUCUUGGGAUGGAUGACCUGCCAACAGCUACAGCUCUUUAGCAUGUUGGGAUGCUCCAGGCUUGUCCCAAUUUCAGCAUUCCGAGUGAAUACAAACCCAACAAAAGUGGAGGGCCCCUUUUCUGUAUUCACUGCCAGAUCCUGGCCCCCUUGAACACUUCUCAUGGGAUACGAUUAACAAAACGGACAUGGAGGCUCAGGAUGAAGGGCCAGCCUGGAUAGCUCAAUUCCUGUGUGAAGAUAUGGCUUCUAGGAGAUGUCCCGCUUGGUGGCAUGGCUUGCUACAUGUUGCUUUGGGGACAAAGACCUGUUAUGCCUUUAAAGCUGGUCCUCCCCACAUUUUUGUGAAGGGAGGAUAGGAUGGGGACUGGGCGGGGGGAGAAGGACCCCAGCCUUUCUUCACUAGCGUGGGCUACUGUGUGAUUUGUAUGUCAAGAAUGUAGACAUAUUUACUGUUCUCAAGUAACAAUCCAAGUAAAAUGUGAU